AUGGCUCGUGGUCCAAAGAAACAUCAGAAGCGCCUCAGCGCACCUUCACACUGGCUGCUUGACAAACUCUCCGGUGCCUACGCUCCUCGUCCUUCCCAAGGUCCACACAAGCUGCGCGACUGUCUACCACUUAUCGUCUUCAUACGAAACCGCCUCAAGUAUGCCCUCAACGGUCGAGAGACCAAAGCUAUCCUUAUGCAACGUCUUGUCAAAGUCGACGGCAAAGUUCGAACCGACACCACAUACCCGGCUGGCUUCAUGGACGUGAUCACAAUCGAAAAGACUGGCGAGCACUUCCGACUUGUCUACGAUACAAAGGGCCGUUUCACUGUUCACCGUAUCGAGGCUGCAGAGGCAGAAUACAAGCUUGGAAAGGUCAAGAGAGUUCAGCUGGGCAAAGGAGGAAUCCCAUUCUUGGUUACGCAUGAUGCUCGCACAAUUCGAUACCCAGAUCCGGUCAUCAAGGUCAACGAUACCGUCAAGAUCGACCUCGCUACGGGAAAGAUCACCGAUUUCAUUAAAUUCGACACUGGUACCAUUGCAAUGGUCACGGGUGGUCGUAACAUGGGUCGUGUUGGUGUUGUCACGCAUCGGGAACGUCAUGAUGGAGGGUUCAACAUUGUUCACAUCAAAGACGCAAUAGACAACUCUUUCGCAACUCGAGAAAGCAACGUUUUCAUCAUUGGCCAGGAGAAGCCAUGGAUUAGUCUACCGAAGGGCAAGGGUGUAAAAUUAUCUAUCGCCGAGGAACGCGAUCGCCGCCGUGCUCACACCAUCGCAGGGAAUUAA